CCGGAUAUUCCUCGCGCCGGAAGAGAAGAGGUACAUUUCCCAGCCAUCUUGUGGCCGUAUCUAGCGAAUUGUUCGCACCAAGCCUCGUAGAAUCGGAGGUGAAAUUCCGCUGAAGGGGCGCGAUCAUGCCCGGACAUCUGCAAGAAAGCUUCGGCUGCGUCGUAACCAAUCGGUUCGACCAGCUAUUGGACGAUGAAUCAGACCCGUUCGAGGUGUUAAAGGCGGCGGAGAAUAAGAAGAAAGAGGCGGCCGCAGCUGGUAUCACCAAGUCUGCAGCCCAAGCCGCCAAGCAGCCCAAGAAGGAGUCACAGAAGGAUAGGAAGAAUCCGCUCUUUGACAAGAAAGAUGAAACACAGGCUGCAGUACCUCUGAAGAAAGAAGGUAUCAGGCGGGUGGCCCGGAGGCCGGACCAGCAGGGCCAACCUGGCUCCCAGCACCAGGCCGGGCAGGGCGAAGGGCGGCCCGCCGGCGAGAGGAGGCCGGAAAACAGGAGACCCCCACGCGAGCGCCGCUUCGAUAAACCCGUCGAGGACAAGCCCGACAUCGGAGAGAGAGGAGAAUUCUCUGCAGAAAAACCUCUUGGAGACCGGCCCCCCAGAGGGCGUGGUGGCGGGCGUGGUGGACGGGGGCGGGGCAUGGGCCGGGGCGAUGGCUUCGACUCCCGUGGCAAACGGGACUUCGACAGACACAGUGGCGGCGGUGACAAACCUCAGAAAUCCGAGGAGAAGCGUGGCGGGAGUGGCUCUCACAACUGGGGGAACCCCAAGGACGAAACGAGUGGUGAUGCUGAACAGACUUCUGCCCCUGAGGUAACCCCUGAGGGAGAGGAACACCCCCCUGCUGACUCUGAGAACAAGGAGAAUGAGGUGGAGGAACCAAAGGAGGAGGGCCCCAAGGAGAUGACCCUGGAUGAAUGGAAGGCCAUGCAGGACAAGGAGCGAGCCAAGGUGGAGUUCAACAUCCGCAAGCCCAACGAGGGCGCCGACAGCAAGUGGAACAAAGGCUACGUUCUGCACAAGUCCAAGAGCGAAGAUGUAAGUGACGAAAAGCCGAAAGACAGACCAGCUGUGAUUGAUGCUCCGGAGAUUGAAGCAGACACGACCCCUCUGUUCAAGGGCAAUCCUGAAGAAGUCGGCCCGGAUCACCACUUCCGCAAGCCCGCCAACGACAUCACGGCCCAGCUGGAGAUCAACUUUGGAGACCUGGGCCGGCGCGGGCGCGGGGGAGCCCGUGGAGGAAGGGGAGGCCGCGGUGCGGGAGGAGGCCGAUCUGAAAAGCCGGGUGGAGUGUCCGUUCCCAACGUUGACGACCCAGAGGCCUUCCCGGCCCUGGCCUAAUACUCUAGCACUGCUACCAGCCCACCCCAUCAGCCCCUCCGGGCAUUAGCCCCGCCCCUCCGGGCCCCUCCUCUACGAGGCUUGCAUGCUUACAACUUCUUCAAGUAUACGAUAAAAAAAAAAGACUGUCAUCACACCUGAGGACUGAAAUUGUAACCUGUUUUUAAAAGGACAGAUAAAAAGACCAAAAAAAAUUGAAAAAUGACUUCUCUUGAUGAACUGAAGCAAAUUAUUGGUAAACGUUUUGUAUUUAGAGACAUGAUAGCAGGGAUGUUUUCAUACAGUAUGGUUUUUUUUUCAGAGAUUAUGCAUACUUCAUGUAUAUUUUUUCAUAUUGCUGCUUGAAUAAAUGUAUUUCAGAGAUGGAGGUGUGUGUGUGUUUUAACCCCGAGGCUUUCCUCAUGACUUUACCUGAAUAUUUUGGGGUCAUCUUAGACAAGCUUUUUUUUUUUGAAAGGGUGACUUUUAAGUUGUGCAUUACUCGGAUGUUAAACUUACAAUACAUUUGAGUACCUUUGUACUGAAUCUAUUACUGUGUUUUAAAAAUGUACCUGUGGUCUAGUGACCCCUUAAGCUUAAUAUUCUUCUGCUUGUCAUGCAGGUGAAAGUCAAUGCCUCCGGUUUCCUUUAUUUUCCUAUUGAUAGGCUCUUAUUUUUCUGGACCAGUGGUUCAUGUGCUUUGUCCCUGGUCCAGACUUAACUUCCUGUGUCUUCAGGGCAGCCAGGGUCCAAAUGUAUUUCUAGGCUGGUCCUUGUAGGUCGUACAGGCUUUACUACUAGUAACCUUAUUUUUUGUGUGACCGUGUGUGUGUGUGCGUGCGAAAUCAAUUGGGUUGAUUGUGAAUAAUUGUUACUUAUAGACUUAAAGUACUCCCCUGCCAUGAACUUGACAUCUUCCGGGCACUUGACCACAAGUUCAAAAGCAGCUCUGUUUUGCCUGAAGUAGUUGUUAUUUCUGAGAACAUAGUCGUUUCAUACUAAGGAAGAUUGUCGACUCUGGACAUAUCUUGCACUUAGAGCGUUUGAUAAAUAUCUAUUUUAGAGCUUGGAAAGCACAUGGUUCUAUCAGCACCAGUACUCUGAAACGUACGUUUAUUUUAGUUUUUUCCCUCUUGUGAUCAUCUUUGCUGUUAUUUUUCUACUAUUAUUAUUAUUAUUGUUUUAUCAUUACUACAGCAGCACUACUGCAUAAUUUGUCUGAAGGAAAUGGACCGUUCAAUGUGGAGCAAUCGAGUGCUACAGAAUGUAUGACUGCUAACCUCGCUUAUAGUCAUGUGUCUUGCAUUUCCAGGCGAGGUUUUAUUUUACCAAAGUGGGUAUAUUUCACACCACAGUAGGCUGCUGAGGGGAGAACGGCUCUUAAUAAUGUCUGGAACGGAGCCAAUGGAAUGGCAUCAAACACCUAGAAACCAUGUGUUUGAUGUAUUUAAUUCCACUGAUUCCGCUCCAGUCAUUACCACGAACCCGUCCUCCUCUAUUAAGCUGUCACCAACCUCCUGUGCUACACACAUUGGGGUUGGGGAAGGGGUACAUUUAAGACUAAUAUUGUAAGUGACUGAAAGCUUUACAUUACAAUGCUCUGGAAAGACUUGCUGGUAAUGCAUGGACACAGGUGACUGGCGCAAACCUUUUGUAAGACUGUUUGAGCCACUUGACGGUAGACUUCUCUGCAAACAUCCCUGUUCUAAUAAAUUACUUAGAGAUGUUAAA